GCGGAUGUAGCUCCGCGAGCUCUGUUCUAGAAUCUUUGAUGACAACCAUGGAGUACGUCUCUAAGCAACCGUUGUGUUUACUUCCUAAAUUACCACAACAGGGGGAUUUUUACAGGAUGAUUGAGUCGACAUUAAACCGCUCAUCAGCAGCGUGCCUUGACAACACGGACCUAUAUCGCCAAAAGAGGGUUUUCUGCGCUAAAGAGCGUACUAUUGGAAUUGAUGAAGAUGCCCUUGGUUAUCAAGUGAAGGAAAGAAGACAUAGACAUGACAAGGAGGCAAACAUGUCCAAACUAUUGGAGGCAGAUAUGAUGCGCACAGACCAUGCUGUCUGUGUCCUGGAGCACAAGCUGAAAAGAGAGGAGCGCUCUCUUAAGGGCUCAAUUGUACAUUUCCGCCAACAUUUUCAGCAGCCUGUCAACAGGCGUGAAUUUGACUUGAAUGACACAGACAUGUUAAAGAAACAAGAUGGAGUUCAGAUGUUGCCAGGGCUUGUUGGUGAAGAUCCAGACAAAAGAGAAAGGCUAAAGAAGCAACAGUUACAAAUUAAGCAGUGGUGUUUACAACAGCAGGCUGAUUUGAAAAGUACAAGAGACCAACUGCAGAAUUCAGAUAAACUGUAUGAUGAAAGCAUAGUGGCAUCAGAGAGCAAAGCUAUUGAGAUGCAGAAGUUGCAGGAAGGAUACAAGAGGUCUCUUGCCAUUGCCACAAAAAAUGCCAACCUGACUAUGGCUUUGGAGAUCAAAGAAAGAGAGUUACAAGAGAAAUGUCAGGAGGAAGACAACAACAGAAUAGACAUCCAAAACCAGCUCCAAGGGGACUUGCUAUGUGACAACCCUAACCAGAGCAUUAGUGUGCUCAGGACUCCUCAUGUUCGGCAUGACUUCUAUAAGGGCAUGACAUCCAAACAAGUAAAACACAUCACUGAUUAUCAACAGCAGCAAGUACAGGAGAAAAGGAGGAUACAUGCCCAGCAACGGCAAGAUCAGAUUCAGGAGGAAUAUCUGUGUUUGGCCUCGGCUCGCACUGCGCUGCUUCAGGAGAGACAACAAAUAAGUUUCAAUAAGCAGCAGCGGAAGGCUCUUGACAACACCAAUGCUCAGCUUGCUGAGGUCCGCCGUGCUCGGGAGAAAUGGCUUGAAAAGGAGUUCACCAAUGGCCCUACUGAAGGUUACUUCGCUCAAUUCAAUACAAGCAGCAGAUAAAAUCUGCAUACAUAGUUUUACAAAUAAAGCACAUUAAAUGAUUAAAGCAAAUGAAAGA